GCCCUGAACAUAUUAGCUGAACGUGUUCGUCUAUCGAUGUGCAUGGGCCUCAAGUGUCCUCUGGCGAGAUUAAGCGCAAACUCCAACUCUAUCAACUACACGAGGACAACUCGAAUUUCCUACGGUCCGCACUUUUUCCACAGUCUGAUAAGUAUCUCAUCUAGAAGCCGUGUAAAGAGCUUCCCCGACUUUUCACCCUCUUUCCCCACUUUUGCCUGUCCCAAUCAUGUCAUGGUAUCCUGUAUACGAAUCCCGUAGAGCAGAUAGGCCUCAAAGGACUUACCGGGACUUCAGUAAACAACCAGAAGGAUACUUUAGCUCGACUACCACAAUCCGUGGCAAAACGUUUUACACGCCACCCCAGCCGAUCACGUUUGAGACGGCUGGCCCUGUACCAACGUACAGCACUCAACAAGAGCCAGAUCUUUACCACCUUCCACCUCCAGAAGAAGGGAGCAGCCCUCCAGCUGGAUGGGACGAGUGGGAGAAGAACAGUAACUGGCCGUUCCCAGCCAAUCAACCGAGACAACCUUUGCGGACAACACCCCAGGCGAAGAGAUCCUCGGGCACUAGGAAUACAAGUGCUAUUCCGCAAGACGAGUUGGAGCUUAAUGCGAACUGGCCGCUCCCUCCUGGAAUGUCGCGAAAAAGAACUACUUCACAGUCCGGCUCACGACCUCUUAGAACAUCUGAAAGCAAACCGACAGAGCGCUUAGAGACUAAUGCGAACGUCAACUGGCCGUUGCCGGCUAGCGCUCCGAAGAAGUCGGCCAAGCCUGUAAUCCCGUUAGCCGCUGCUCAAAUUGGGACCCAAGGUUUACCAGAUCCGUCCAUGCCAUCAGUCAAUCCACUUCUGGCGAUGGAUUCUCACCAACUGGUUCGCUUCGAUCUUCGUUUACCAUAUACAUCCGUGCGCAAGCUCGUCCGUGGUUCACAAUGGACACAUCUCAAUCAUGAUGACUUGCGUCAACCUGCUUGCUCGCCAUACCGUACACAGAUGCGCAUCUACGUGCAAGUUCAGGGAUGCGCUGAUUGGAUUGCUUAUGUGCAGCCGAGAUCACGCGCAUACAUCACGGUCGGUGAUGUGCUUAUGAGUAUCUGUGACACCUUCCAUGUGACUGUCGACAAUAAGCAGUGGGCCCGCGAUAGUGUAAACCCCGUACUCGCAGAUCGAGCUAAGCGAGCGUACAACAGACGCGUGGAGAAGGUUGAAAGUUCCCGCGCAAUAGGGUACGAACGAGCACGGAAGGAUGGGUUGUUGCGCGUCGAUUACCUAGGAUCGAAGUAUUUCUUUGCGGGCAUCAUGCUCUGUUAUGGCGGUGAUAACUCGGAGUGGUGGAUGAUGGAAGUUGUCCCUGAGACAAGAAGGUAACCUUUUAUCUGUUACCAAGCCAGAUUUUCAUUGCGAUUACGAUUCUCACUCUAAUCUUCUACACACUUCUAAAAGUCCUUCGCGCUCCUUUUGGCCAGCACGUUUGUUUACUAUGUGUUCGUAAUGGUGGAUGCAUUAUUCUCUCUGGUCCGUACGAGUUCAGCACGUUCAGUCUCAUAGACA